AUGCGUGACCAGGUCAUGUCUUGCUUUGGAUCGUGUGUGGAAGAGUCUACGAGAUUGUACAGUACACCGGAGGAGUCAAAACGAGCCAGGCUGCGAGAUAAACAGUUGACUCGAUUGUUGAACAAACAUCACAAUGAAGAAAUGAAAAAAUUGAAGCUUUUAUUAUUAGGCACGGGAGAAUCUGGCAAGAGUACUUUGACAAAACAGAUGAAAAUCAUCCACAUAAACGGUUUUGAUAAACAAGAACGAUUAGCAAAGAUUCUUGACAUCAAGAGAAAUGUUCGUGACGCCAUAUUGGCUAUCUCUGGUGCCAUGCAGAACUUAUCUAUACCAGUUUUGGAGGGAAAAAAUCAGCCUAAAUUAGACUUUGUGCUCCGCGAGGCCAGCAACAGUGAACAAGAAAUCACAGACGAAUUUUUAUCAACAACACAAGAACUGUGGCAAGAUGAAGGAGUUCAGAAUUGUUUCGAACAGUCUCAUAAAUAUCAGCUUAGUGAUUGUGCUAAAUACUUUCUUGAUAAACUAGAAGAGAUAAGAAAAGACGAUUAUAUCCCUAGCGAUCAAGAUAUUUUACGAUGCCGAGCUAUAACAACAUCGAUACAGAACAUCGAGUUCAAGGUUCCUGAUGCUGGAAACCAUGUCAAAUUUAGUGUAUAUGAUGUUGGUGGUCAAAGGGGCGAAAGGAAAAAAUGGAUCCAAGUUUUCGAUUCUGUGGUUGCCAUUUUGUAUGUAGCAGACGCUAGCACUUUCGAUCAGAAUUUACUCGAAGAUUCUCAGAAAAACAGAUUAUUAGAAUCUCUGGAAAUAUUUGAACAAGUCUGGAAUAACAGGUUUCUUCGCAACGUUUCGAUACUAUUAUUCAUCAACAAAAUCGACAUUUUGGCCGAGAAGAUUGUCAAGGGCCGAGAUAUCCAGAAAUUACACGAACAAUACCCGGAUGUAUUUCCCGAUUACACCAAGUUCACACCAUCUAAUCACGAUAAAUUAGAGUUCAUGGAUUCCUAUCCAGGAGGUUGCGGUCAAGGUCGAAAGAAAAGUAGGUCAAGGCCAGAUAUUGACCCGGAAGUGACCAAAACCGCUGUCUAUAUCAAGGAACUGUUUAUGAAAAUAGCACGUGGUGAUCUAAAGUUAAAAGAAACUGUACAGCCCCAUGAUAAAGAUUGGCAUGCGCAGCAUACUUGUGAAUAUUAUUACACAUGCGCAGUAGACACUAAUCAUGUUACAAAAGUGUUAGAAGGAUGCCGAACUGUAAUAAUUAGAAAACAUCUCGAGAGAUUUGGAAUAAUUUGA